CUAACGUACUGAAUAGCUUCAGUCUACGUUCAGUCCUCGGCCUAGUACUUUCUCGGACCUUUUUGGCUCUUUUAAACAAAAUUUGUUAAAAAAAAACACAAAAAUUUUCAAAAUGUUUCAAAUGUUGCGUCUGAAGUGUCGCUCGCUGGUGAACCGAAGCAUGUUGCCGUGCAUAGAGUCUCUGAUGAAUGCCUGUGCCCAGUUCAAGGGGGACUGGGCUAAGAAUACUGGCCUGUUGCGCCAGGGGCAGUUCCCUAGCAUCCUCCAACCUAUCCAGAUGCGGCGCUACAGCAGUGGCAAGAAGGGUAGUGAGCCGCCGGAAUGCCCGGAACCAAGGCAGUGCGAAUCUGAGAAGAAAUCGGCUAACAGCUGCGGUCCUGCCCGCUUCAAGGGCACCAUUUGCCAACAGGGUCAAGGCAAGAAGAAAAAGGAGCCCAAGGAAAAGCCCAAGAAGAAGUUGAUCACGCCGGACCAACUAAAGAUGCAAUCGAUGUGGUACGUUCCCGGGUGCGAGUAUGAGAAAAAGUGUUAUGUGCCCGCCCGUCUUGACAUCAAGCAUUACCGUGUAUCGAAUAAAGAGGAGCGCGAGUACCAGGUCACCUGGAACGAGUGUCCGCGGCUGCUCAUCAAGCCCAGGAAGGUCUGUAUCUACCAGAGGAGCUCGAAACCGAAGCGCUGCCGUAGAAAGCGUAAGGUGCCCGCUGCCACGGCCCGUCCAUCGUUGCCGAUGCUCAACCCGAUGGAGUGCAAGAAGGCGGAAAAGCUGGAGUGUCCCCGGUGGGUCCUGCCCUGUUGCAAGCCAGUCCGUAACCCCCCCAGCUGUAAGCUCAACCGCACGAUAUCCAAGUGCAAGAAGAUCAAAGCUCCGUAUCCGAGCUUCUCCGAAUGCAAGAAGGAGGCACUUAACGAGUCACCACCGGUCGAGUGCCAGUGCUUGCGAAUUCCAAUGGCUUGCGAGAUGUGGGCCGAGUUGCGUCGCCGGAUUGCCAGGGGAAAAGAUCCUACAAUUAAAUGCGGUGAGGUCUAUAUAGGAAGUUUCUUCCAAAUUUUGAUUCAGUUCCAAAUUUAUUCUACACCUAUAACAACCAAGUUUCAUUUCGCGCUUAGCUUAUUUAUUUAUUUUUUCCUUUCUUUUUUUUUGGAACUUCUGGAAUUUAAAUAUUAUUUUUUUGUGAAAUCAAAAUUCUACAAUUCAGUUAUGAAUUCGUCAAGGGCUUUGGUAUGCAAUUGCUGCAGGUUCUCCAGUCUGAAAUGUACAAGGCCGGUCUUAUCGCGGGGCAUGAAGCAGCUCCGGAUGGACGAUAUGUACUAUAAGCCUGGUAGCUACCGAGAGCGCGUCUACCAACAAACCUGGGCAGAACAGUAUAUGACGGAGGAGCCGCAAGAGGAGCCAAGUUGUCGCCGCGAGGACAGUGGAAGCGAAAGGAGCCAAAGCCAAAGGACCCAAAAUAGGCCUGGGAGCCGGACCGACCGCGAGUAUGCCCAGAAAACGCGACAGGAGCACACCUACAGGAUGGAGGAGGAUGAUAUGUCGCGCUGGGAUGACAACCGCUCACCUAGCAGCACUGGCCCUUCCUCCUCCCAGUCAGCGAGGCGCGGAUUCCAGUAUGCCACUUCUGCUUCGGAAGCCGUCUCAGAUGGCGCAGGCACUGGAGAUAGCAUCGACUCCAGUACAGCCAAUGCCAUGAUCAUGAAGCCUGUGGGUCCUAGACGCCUCCAGAAGAUCACAAUACCAGCCAGCGAAUUCAUAUCGAAAUUUCUUUCGGAUCAAAGGAAGAACAAGAUGCGACACUACGAGGCAGAGGUGUUCUCCGAUCGCAUUGGACAGGAGGGAUUCUACCUUGUCUGAUCAGUCUGCCCCGCAUAGCAUGAUGGCAAAAUUAAGCUUAAAUUUUUGCACAAAAUCGUCGACCAGUUGUUAAAUUUUAUCUUUACAACCCAAAAUUAGUUGCUACAUUAGUGCUAUUAAAUCUAUACUGUGAAUUAAAUGACUACAUAUAUAAAAAAA